UCUGAAUGAUAUAUAUAUUUUUUAAUCUUUAACAUAACUAAAGUUGUUCUACACAUGCAUACUAAGAGGUAUAUUCAUUUUUAAUCUACCCAUUGCAACAUAAGACAUUAUUAUUUUAUUUGUUCAUUAUUUAGAGGCGGAGAGAUUUUAUUCAUAACAUCCAGUAUCUGACAAAAAAAAAUGCAUGUCAAGACAAUACAUUUGAAAAAUACUUUCACUAUUUCCAACACAACAGUUUUGAAACCACUGAGCUAAUGUUCUUUGAUAUUAGAAUUAAGCUUCCAACAACUUCAAGUAAUUUCAUCCCUUUACAUUUGUAAAUUGUAGUACUGGGUUAGGGUUAUGUUGCCAUUAAUGUCAGGUUCACCCUAGUUUUUAAGCUUCAAAUGUAAUGAAAUGAUCUCACCAUGAGUAAAAUGAUUGACCUCUCAUAAAGCAUGCAGCUUACUUGAUACAUUUUCUUCAAGCAUGACCUCAGAGAUAAACAUGUCAAAGCGCCUUCUUCAUCUUCUAUGUCUCACGGACUUUAUCUUAAUUGCUUCCGUCAAAAGGCAUCGAGUUAAUGCCAGUCAGAUAAGCGGGUGUGUUUGGAGAGUCAGAGGAGUGAUUGUUGUAAUCGACCUGUUGAAAGUGUAUGAUGAGACACUGAUGACAUUACAGCUGAACUCUCUCAGCAGUGUCCAGUAACAACGGUGGCACACCUGAGCGAAGUUUACCAUCGAGGCAAUUGGAUUUCACACUUUAUUGACAGUUUGGAGAUGAAUCCCACAUAAAGAAUUCACAUAUUUCAUGAAUAAGUAGUUUCCGUGUCAAUGAGGAUGUUGCAUAUCUGGGGUUGGGUCACAAUGGCAGAAGGUCAAGCUCCAAACAUCUCUUUUCCCCACUUGAUGUUUUCCAGCUUUUCUUGCUUCAGGAUUCCAAAGUAUUCCAAAAUUCCAUUUAUCCUCAUUUCCUCACAUCCCAGAAAUAUUGUCAUUAUCUUGUCCAUAUUCAAUAACUGAGCUCAUCAAAUAAAGACAGUAGAUAAUGUUCAGUCUUUGUGCUGCAGUGCAGGAAUAAUUAAAAUAGUCGGGCAAAACCAAACUAAAUUAAACUAAGCAUUUGCAGCACAUUUACUGCUGUUUUUGUAAAAUCCAUGAUUGGAUAGUGAUAAUGGCUUAGGUGACAUUUACAUUUAAAUUAAAAGGUUAGAAUGUCGAACAAGUACUUGUACUCAGGAAAAAGGAUUUAGUGUAACAUUUCAUUCUUUUUCAGAUUAGUUUAAAGAUCCGGUGUAAGACCUAAUGGUAGAGAAUUCCUGCCAGUUUCCAGGGAUGUGAUCCGGACUAGAAUAUACUGAAAUGUUCUAACCAAGUUAUCAGGUGAAUCAAACAUUUACUUAUUUCUACAGUAAAGGGUCAUGCAGCGGAUUUGUCCAUUUGGGCUACUGCAGAAACACGGUUUCAAAAGAUGGCUGCCUCUGUAAAACAAAGGCCAAUUUUUGUUCUAACACGAUUUAUACACCAAUAAAAGCUGCAAAAUUUUACACACUGGACCUUUAAAGGCUAUAUCUGCCAACUUGGCUGUGCAUUCUUCUUUGCCAGUGGGAACUUAAACGAGGCACAUAACAGCCCCAUAGGGCCAGUGCAAGGACCCCGGCUAUUCAAAGCUACUCACUUAAAGCCAUUAGUGCCUCAGUGUUUAUGCUCCUCUCUUUUAUCCAACAAGGCAUGGAUGGCUCCCAAACAACAGCGGUAAUGAGGUUCUAAGCAACCUUGCGACUUCAGACACAGAGACACUGGACCAGAGCGGGCCAGUUCGGUCAGCUGCGGGGAUCCAAGGCACAGAGAGGCCUGUAGUUCAAUGUUGCCGGCUCACAUGGGACCAAUGGUCAGGCCAGGCUGUCCAGUCAUCCUGUUCCACCUCUUCAGCAUCUUUGCACAGACUGGAGCACGUACUCAGGAUAUUCUGUAUCCAUAUGGACCUGGCCAUAGGGAUUUAGAAACCCCCAAGAUGGAUGAUGGGAGUUCUCCAGAAGUUGUUUUGCUCAUUCCCUUUGUUUUCUUCAAUAUCCCCUACCGUUCCAUCUAUGUAAACAACAACGGUGUGAUUUCAUUCAACGUGCAAGUUAGCCAGUUCACACCAGAGGCAUUUCCGCUAAGUGACAGCAGAUCAUUCAUUGCUCCACUCUGGGCAGAUGUGCACAAUGGCAUCCGUGGAGACGUCUACUACCGCGAAACCACGGAACCAGAAAUACUGGAAAGGGCGACACAAGAUGUCCGAAAGCACUUUAAAAAUCUGCCUGCCUUCACCGCUACCUGGGCCUUUAUUGCAUCAUGGCAUCAAGUCACCUUCUAUGGAGGAAGCCAGACAACUCCAGUGAACACAUUCCAAACUGUGCUAAUCUCAGAUGGCGUGGCAUUCUUCAGUAUGUUCAACUAUGGGGAAAUCACAUGGAGCACAGGGACAGCCAGUGGUGGAGAUCCUUUAACAGGACUGGGUGGGACAACAGCUCAGUCAGGUUUUAAUGGUGGAGACAUUGGUCACUUCUUCAACCUGCCAGGGUCGCGGUCAAAUGACGUGGUGAACAUUGAACUGUCAACCAAUGUCAAUAUUCCUGGGCGCUGGUUCUUCCGUGUUGACACGGAACUGAUAGAUCCUGCCAAUGGCUGCAGCUACAAUGGUCGGUUUUACAGACGAGGGGAAAACUUCUGGUUGUCUGAUCAGUGCUUGCAGCGAUGCCGCUGCCUUGAUGUCGACAACGAGGUUCUUUGCCAAGAAGCUCCAUGUGGGCAGUUGGAGACCUGCGAGCAGCAGGAAGGAGCCUUUUACUGCCAGCCGAUCCGCACAAGCACCUGUGUGGUGUUCGGUGAUCCUCAUUACCACACAUUCGAUGGCCUCCUCUAUCACUUCCAGGGCAGCUGCUCCUACCUGUUAGCUCGGCCUUGUUGGGAGGUGGCAGGACUGCCCUUCUUCAGUGUGGAGGCCAAAAAUGAGAACCGUGGAACUGCCUUUGUUUCCUGGCUCAGAGAUGUGACGGUAGAAGUCUAUGGUCAUCGAGUCACUCUACCGAAAGGCAGUUUUGGAACAGUCCAGGUGAAUGGCCUGGUUAAAACUUUACCAGUCCAACUCCAGCUUGGUGCUAUCAGGGUGUAUCAAUCUGGGGUUGCUGUUGCCUUAGAAACAGACUUUGGACUCUUGGUGACCUAUGACGGCCAACACUAUGCAUCCAUCUCCCUACCCAGCUCCUACUUCAACAACACAUGUGGCCUUUGUGGUAACUAUAACGACGACCCUGCUGAUGAUCCGGUUCUGCCCGACGGCUCUUUAGCAGAAAGCGUGGUGGAGUUGGGGGGCAGCUGGCGAGCCGAGGACACAGACUGGAGAUGCAAUGAUGGCUGCACUGAAAACUGCACUGUGUGUGACCCACUUAUAGAAGCCUUUUACUUUCGCUCAGAUUACUGUGGGAUCAUCAAUAAAACCGAUGGACCUUUUAGGGACUGCAGAGCUGUAGUGGACCCUACUGCUUUUGUGUAUAGCUGUGUUUAUGACAUGUGCAGCAACAGGGACAACAUCACCACACUCUGCCAGGCCAUCCAGGCCUAUGCUCUAGCCUGUCAGGCCCUGGGUGUUACGAUACGUUCGUGGAGGUCUCGCACCUUCUGCUCUUUGACAUGUCCAGUGAACAGCCAUUACCAAGUGUGCACGAGUGCCUGUCCGGCCUCCUGCUCGGACCUUACUGCUCCCUUGUAUUGUGUCCACCCAUGCACUGAGGGCUGCCAGUGUGACCAAGGUCAUGUUCUCAGUGGCAGCCGUUGUGUGCAGCGUGAAGACUGUGGCUGUGAGCAUAAUGGCCUAUAUUACCCGCUCAAUGAGACUUUCUGGGCAGGUCCCAGUGGUGAAGAAGGAGAAUGUACCCUUCGCUGCACCUGUGGGCCUGCCGGGGAAGUAUCCUGCUUCAAUGCGUCCUGUAAGGAGGGGGAGGUGUGUGUGGCAGAAGUGGGCCUGCUGGGUUGCUACCCACGGAGGGAAGGAGUGUGCUCAGUCACACAGAACUCGGUGACCUCCACCUUUGAUGGGACCUUCCUGCAGUUUCCAGAUGACAGCUCCUACUACCUGCUGAAGCUCUGUGGUGGGGUGCCAGCUAAUGGCUCAAUGGUAGAGGUGAAGAUGGGGAGGAGGCUGGUCAGCAAAGGCCCCACCUGGAAAAGACCUGUUGUAGUUACAGUUGCUAACCUGGAGGCUCAAGUUGGAGGGAUGGAUUUUGACACAGUAAAGGUGAACGGCGAACAAGUGACACUUCCAUAUGUCCAUCCAAUGGAGACAAUGAUGAUCUACAGAGCACCAGGCAAUGCUACAGUAGUGGAGUCACGUGGUCUGCUUCAUGUUCGCUACACGCGUCAGGGAUUCCUCAACAUCUCCCUCUCCACCAUUUUCUACAACGUUACUUGUGGUUUGUGUGGCGUCUUCAACAGCAACACCACUGAUGACCUCCGCCUCCCUAAUGGACGCCUGGCAGAGUCGAUUGAACAGUUCACAGAGGGCUGGCGGUCCAUCGCCGACGACCUCACUUGUAAUGGCGACUGUGAUGAUCUGUAUCGCAUGUGCACAGACCUGCGUCUUUACCAGAGUCCCUGGAUGUGUGGCAACAUCAACGACCCCGGGAAUAGUUCAUUUCUGGCUUGUCAUGCAGUGGUCAACCCCUCGCCGUUCUUCAGGAAUUGCUUGUAUAACAUGUGUGUCAGGGAAGGGAACCGUUCCGCUAUGUGCUCUUCACUUCAGGCUUAUGCUAAUGCCUGUCAGGACGCUCACAUAGGCCUCACAUCCUGGAGGAGUGCCACCAAUUGCCCUCUUCCCUGUCCAGCGAACAGCCAUUUUGAUGAAUGCACCAACUCUUGCCCUCUGACCUGUGCCAACUUGGAUGAACCUGAAGAGCCAUGUCCUCUGCCCUGCCAGGAGGGGUGUCAGUGUGAGGACGGCUUCGCCCUGCGGGACGGUCUGUGUGUGGCACGCAGUGACUGCGGCUGCAUGAGCCACGGACGCCAACUGGCCACUAAUCAGACUUUCUGGACAGACUGGGAAUGUCAGGAGCGCUGCUACUGCAACGGCUCUGACAAUAGUGUGUACUGUCAACAGGCACCGUGUCACACUGAGGAAUACUGCCAGGAAAGUGACGGCCUUUAUUUCUGCCAGCCGCGCACUGAGGCCCUGUGCGUGGCAGCUGGUUACGGACACUUCCUGCCGUUUGGUGGCUCAUCUUUUGAGCUUCAGAGCUCUUGUACUCUUAGGAUGUCCACCACUAACUGUGCAAGAGACAGCAUGGACCAGGCGACUAUUUCUGGAGCUUUUCCUCAAUUUAAAUUGGCGGCCCGCAAUGAGGAGAGGGACACGGGCCAGGCGAUUUGGGUGAAGGGGUUUGUUCUGGAGGUCUACGAGUAUGAGAUUGAAGUUUCUAGAACUUACAAAAACACUGUUACGGUGAAUAAGGAGCGCUUGUACCUUCCUCUGAAGCUCGGCCUCGCGAAGGUCAACAUCUUCACUUUGGGCAUGCAGCUCAUUCUGGAGACAGACUUUGGCCUGAAGGUGGCCUUUGACUGGAACACUCUGCUCCUGUUAACUUUACCACGCAGCCUCUACAACGCCUCGUGCGGCCUCUGCCAGGGUCUGCCCCCGUCCUCACCCGCUGUCAGUGCCACUGAGUGGGGCAUGGUGUGGGCAGAGAGGGACACUUUCUGCCAGGUGGGCUGUGGAGACUCCUGCCCCCGCUGUGGCCUGGGAGACAAAGUGCAAAAUGAAGGCCCUCUUAUGGUGGCUGACGCCAACAUGAACAUGGGCACUGACAACGGGGCAAACGGGGACGUGACCACAGGCAUACGCUUCCACGUUGGAGAUGGGUUGUACGUGUAUGUGGAGCCUGACGCAGUGAGGCUGUGUGGGCUGAUUGCUGAUCGAGGAGGUGUGUUUGCACGCUGCCACAGCAAGGUGGCACCAGCGUUCUUCUAUCACAGCUGCCUGCAGGACACCUGUGUGGACCAGGGAGCUCAGGGCACUAUCUGUAACUGGCUGCAGAUCUACGCCAGCACCUGUCAGACCCUUGGAGUUCCUCUUACGGGAUGGAGGAGUGAAACACCCUGUGUCCAGAGCUGUCCACCAAACAGCCAUUACUCCAGCUGCAUGCCGGUUUGCCCACCGCAGUGUGCCCCCGCCCGUGGCCAGAGGGACUGCAGCCAGGACUGUGUGGAAGGCUGCCAGUGCGACCAGGGAUAUGUGCUCAACGGCAAGAGCUGCAUCCUGUCCCAAAACUGUGGCUGCUACACCGACGGCAAGUACUAUGAGUCCAAACAGCUUUUCUGGAACAGCGACUGCACCAAACGCUGCCAGUGCAUCGGACGGAACCUGAUCCAGUGCGACCCGAGGCGCUGUAAGGCCGAGGAGGAGUGCACCCUGCGCUACGGCGUGCGGGGCUGCUUUGCGCGGCGCCUACAGCACUGCGUGGCGUCGGGCGGCGGGGUCUUCAGGACCUUCGACGGGGCAUCGCUGCGACUCCCGGCCUCCUGCUCCUUUGUGCUGUCCACCAACUGCCACAAGUUGCCUGACCUCUCCUUCCAGCUCAUCGCCAACUUCGACAAAUGGAGCACACCCAACCUGACCACCAUCUCCCACGUCUACCUUUACAUCAAUGAGGAGAAUAUUCUCAUCUCUGGCAGCACCGUGAAGGUCAAUGGUACACCGGUGUCGGUUCCGUUUCUCACGGGGCUGAUGACCCGUUUGUCCACGUCUGAGGGUUUCAUAGUCAUCGACACGCCGCAGGACAUCCAGGUCCGAUACAAUCGCUUUAACACCCUCAGCAUCACAAUGGGCCAGCGGCUUCAGAACAAGGUGUGCGGCCUCUGUGGCAAUUUCAACGGAGACCCCGGUGACGACUACAUCACGUCGCGAGGAAAACCGGCAGUCAGUGCCCUGGAGCUGGCCCAGAGCUGGAAGACCAACGGUAUGCAGAACAGUUGUGAUGAGACCCAGUACGUGGCUCUGGCACAGUCUUGUGAAAACACAGCCGUGGUGGCGCUGCAGGGUGAAGGUGCCUGUCAGAAGCUCACCCAGCUGAAGGGCUUCUUCCAGCCGUGCCACGGCCUGCUGGACCCUCGGCCCUUCUACCAGUCCUGCUACCUGGAUGGCUGCUACAAUCACCGCAAAGCUCAGGUCUGUGGGUCACUGGCAGCCUACGCCGAGGCCUGCCGCUCCCUGGGAACCCUCACCACCAAGUGGAUCACCCAGGAGAACUGCUCAGAAUGGAUCUAUGACCCCUGUGCAGGAGAGAUCUGCACAAACUUCACCUGUGAGCUGGAGAACGGAGGCGACCUGUGUGGCUGUCCAGAAUUACCCACCAGCACCGGAGGUGAUGAUGACAUCAUACAGGCGGAGGUCACGUGUAAACACGCCCAGAUGGAGGUCUCCAUCUCCAAGUGUAAGCUCUUCCAGCUGGGAUUCGAGCGCGAGGACGUCAGGAUCAACGACGAGCACUGCACGGGCGUCGAGGGAGAGGAUUUCAUCUCCUUCCACAUCAACAACACGAAGGGUCACUGUGGCUCCAUCGUACAGUCGAAUGGCACACACAUUAUGUACAAAAACACCGUGUGGAUCGAGAGUGUGAACAACACGGGUAACCUCAUCACCAGAGACAAGACCAUCAACGUGGAGUUCUCCUGCGCCUACGAGCUGGACCUGAAGAUUUCCCUGGAAACCGUCCUCAAGCCCAUGCUCAGCGUGAUUAACCUCACCCUGCCGACCCAGGAGGGGAACUUCAUCACGAAGAUGGCUCUGUACAAGAACUCGUCGUACCGGCAGCCGUACCGAGAGGGCGAGGUGGUGCUGAGCACACGGGACAUCCUCUACGUCGGCGUCUUUGUCGAGGGAGCGGACGAGAAUCAGCUCAUCCUCAUAGUGAACAUGUGCUGGGCCACGCCGUCCCGCUACAGCAGCGAUCGACUCCGCUACAUCAUCAUAGAGAGAGGGUGUCCAAACAUUAAGGACAACACCAUCGGCAUGGCAGAGAACGGCGUGUCCCUCACCUGCCGCUUCCACGUCACCGUCUUCAAGUUCAUCGGCGAUUACGACGAGGUCCACCUCCACUGCGACGUCUCCCUGUGCGACUCUGAGACCAACGCCUGCAAAGUGAACUGUCCACACAAGAGAAGAAUGUACUCGGAGGAAGUCGACCAUAAAGAGCAGAUCCUGUCUGUGGGGCCCAUAAGAAGGAGAGAAUCAGACUGGUGUGAGGAGGAUAAUGGAGGCUGUGAGCAGAUCUGCACCAGUAAAGGAAGUGGACCGAUCUGCAGCUGCGUGACUGGGAUGCUGCAGCGAGACGGGAAAAGCUGCCGGACCGUGAGCUCGAGCUGUGACGUUACACCUGCGGUUCCUCUGCUGAUCUUCAGCGCCGUCGUCUCCGCUCUCUGGGCUCGCACUCACGCUCCUCUCCUCUCCUAACGCGCAGUGAGCCGGUGAAAUGAAACACACACACACUCUUCUAAGACUUGAAAACGCUCACGGCGUUUGAGUAGCCAGUAGACGAGCCGCGAGUCGGUCACAGAAUCUAGACAGAAUUCUCUGUGCGUUCACAAAACUUCGGAGGAAAGGUUGAGUCAGUUUUUUAGACACGUGGACGGUCGGUCAUUUUUUAUUCCACUUCAUCUCUGAUUCCUCCAUUAUUUACAUUUAUGAGGACAUGUUACCAUAUAUCAUCACUCACUUUACACCAUUAUGUGUAGAUUAUUAAGAUUUUAUAUCACAAUAACGUUGCUAUCAUACCAGUUUUUUACACUUCGCCAGUUGAUGCCAAAGAAAUUUCGUCAUAAUCCCACAUGAAGAGGUUUUAAUUUGUAUUUAAUGGAAAGAAAAAAGAUAUGAGUUCCUUACAGUCUUGUUAAAAACAUGUUGAAUACUGUAAAUUCAUCUAGGAUGCACUGAAUGUCAUGUUUUUGGCCAAUAAUCCUAAUUUAAGAGAUAAACUGGGAUUGUCUGAUUUAUUGCAUUUUGCCACUUCCAUUGACCUGGACACUGAAAAACGGAUCAAAAUGCUCAACUUAUAAAAUCUACACCUGCUCAAUAUCUGCAAUAUCUUUUUAAAAAAAAAACA